GGGUCUGCGGGGAGCGCGCCGGGUCCGACCUCCCCCUUCUCGAAUCCCCCGACUUUGGGGUCGGCCCGUGGCCUUAGGGUUUGAGCUCCGCGGGCAGGAGAGGGCUGAUUCUGUUGGGGAUGAAACCCCCCAAACCCUGGGUCUGGCCUUAGAAGGGGAGCCCCGGACUGGCUGUAAAUAACUGAACGGUGCAGGAACGUUCUGAACCGCUGGGCCCGGGAUCGGGAAAGCCCGAGUUCACAUAUAGCCUCAGCUGAGCGGCCGUGAGAUCUUGAGCAAGAUACGUCCCUCCUGCCUCAGUUCCCUUUUCUGCGAAAUGGGUAUAAUGAUGGCUCCCAGGAUUGUUCGAUUCGAGCAACAUUAAGGGCCUACUGCAGGGGGCACCAAAAGAGGCGAGAGACAGUUCCUGCCCUCCAGGAGUUUACAGUCUCACGAACUGCAACCUGCGAACAGAUAGCCACAAAGCGAGCUAAGAUCAGUAUUGAGAGAUUAUAAAAAUAUGCAAGGCAACGGUGAACUCAAGAACAUUGCACUUGUGGCUACCAUUAAAGAUAGAAAGAUUUUUUUCAUUGCAGCAAGUCACUAAAGGCAUUUUCAGGAAGAAUUUCUUUUAAUAGAUUCGUUGGAUGCAUGUUGAGAUUUCCAAAAAUUAAUAGUGACUUUCACCACCACUUCCUAUUUUGCUUAUAGUUACAAAAACAUUUUGCAUACUAGAAUUCUGUCCAUUUAAUGAGAAAAUGGCAUUCCAGUUUAAUUUUACUAUAGAUAAACACCUAGAAGAUGAAUUACCAGCCCUUGAAGAUGAGGCCUUAAACCCAGAAUCUUCAGGAAAGACAUCAGUCUUAGACAGUCAAAAAGAAAAACUGAAUGAUGGAAAACGGUCCUCAAAAGAAGGUGAUUUAUUUGAGAAACCUCUGUGGGGAUGCAAAUCAUCAGAAGUUAAGGCAUUUCCACCCUGUGACAACUCACUGGCUAAGUCAGAUGAAAUCACAAGGAAUUUGGAACCAAAAGAAAAGCAGCUUUGUUUAAAAGUGGCCAAAGAACAUGAUGUUCCUAAAGAUUUAAAGAAAAUGGUAGAAAAUAAAGUGGUAGAAGUUAUACCAUAUCUCCAAGAUGUAAAUUUGUCAGUUGUGAAAAUGUCCUUUUUGAAAGAUAAUUCUUGCGGAGAAGACAUAGUAUCCAAAAGCCUUUCUUCUCACUCUGAUCUCAUCACAGGUAUUUAUGAAGGAGGUUUGAAAAUCUGGGAAUGUACUUUUGACCUUCUAGCUUAUCUAGCUGAUGAAGAAGUACAAUUUGCUGGGAAAAGAGUGUUGGACCUUGGCUGUGGAGCAGGGCUUCUGGGUAUAAUUGCCCUCAAGGGAAAAGCUAAAGAAACUCACUUUCAAGAUUAUAAUAGCACUGUAAUUGAUGAAGUAACUAUUCCAAAUGUAAUAAUAAACUCCACUUUUGAAUUUGAAGAUGAAAUAAGUGAGCCAGAUUUGAAAAAGCGGAGGAACUCAAACCCAACACAACAACAUUUAACCAAAUGUCGAUUCUUUUCUGGGGAAUGGUAUGAGUUUUCCAAAUUUGUGCUAAACAGCAAAAAAGCUUUUGCAAAGUAUGACAUCAUUCUUACCUCUGAGACUAUUUAUAAUCCAAGCUAUUACAAUGCUUUCCAUCAAACUUUAGCCAAUUUGUUGGAUGAAAGUGGACAGGUAUUUUUGGCAAGUAAAGCACACUAUUUUGGUGUUGGAGGUGGUAUCCAUCUCUUUCAGAAAUUUAUAGAAGAAAAGAAUGUAUUUGAAACUAGGACACUCAAAAUAAUUGAUGAAGGACUAAAGAGAAUCUUAAUUAAAAUAACUUUUAAGCAUACCCAUUGAAGUUCAAACCCAGUACCUUCUUUUUUAAUGUGUUAAACUGUUAAUUAAAAGAUUGUGGCUCCAAGAAUAAAUUUUCUGUUUCAUUAGUCUCUUUAUAAAAUUCUUCCAAUAUUACCUUUCUUGUUUUUCUUUUUCUACAAAAUAAGAAAUCAUCUACCCCAACAUGAUAAGAAACAGGAACAAUGAGAAAGUACUACACCUAAAUAUCCUUUAUUGAUUGAUAAUGGGGGGACUAAGUCCCCUGUUCUCCAUUCUUAUUUGAUGUUAAUUGAAAUUAUUCUCCAAAAUAUUUAUUGUUAUCUGAAACUUGCAAGCUUUCUUCCCAGUCUUUUAGACCUUAAUUCAAAGGUAGUAUCUAGUCAGAUGUGUUUGGCUUAUUUUGUGAUUAAGAUAAGCAUCAGCAAAAAGGUUCCAAACAUGAAGCAUAACAUAUCCCCAAAGUCUUAGUGCAGUUUUAAAUUUUAAU